AUGUCACUUAAUGUUUCAAAUGGUUAUCAGAAGAAAUUAUGGACGAAAAAAUUUAGCAACUGGAAACAUAAGUUUCAUGAGCCGUAUGACCGACUUGUAGUGGGAGAAUUGGUAGUAGGAGAUGUUGUUGGACUAGUGGUUAGACUGGUAGAAGGGACUGGUUGUAGAAGAUAUUGUCAGACUGUGACUAGAAAUGGAGAGUGCGGUAAUGUAAAUAAAACAAAUAAUCCUGGUAAUGAUUUUACAGCAAGUGCUCGUAUUAGCGAUAACACUGGAGGUAUAGGUUCUUUCGUUCCUACCGACACAUUGAAUAACUCUACUCAAUGUGAUGAGCGCAAUGAAGAUAGCUGUGAUAUUACUCAUUUUGAAAGGUGUUCCAAGGAUGGAUUAUGUAAAUGUCUUAGGGGAUAUCUACCUAAUAGAGAAGAUAACAAGUGUGUAGCUGCUCAGUUUUUCCGAGGAGAAAUACCAUUAGAUAAGAAUAGCUUAGACAAAUAUGGAGAUAAAAACACGCUUAACUACGAGAUUAGACAAGUCUUAUUUUCAGGGUUUAGUAGUCAAGGUUUAACAGGAAUAUUAGAUAUAGACGUUAUUUCAAUGUCAAAAAAAGAUGGCAAUGUAGUAUUUGAAAUCGCCCUGAAUAAAGAUACAGCACCUCGUAGACAGCAAUUACAAACCAUGUAUAAUAGAGGACUGACUGCAUCGGCAUAUGUAGACAUUGAUGGAAUGGUCAAAUUAAGUGGUACAAAUUUAGUUCUUGGUCAGAAUGUCAGCAUGUCACAAUAUUUGAAAUUGUUAUCUGAAUUUAGUCACUGUGUCGACCCAAAUUAUAAUUAUUGUGAUUUAAAUGCCAGAUGUACACACAGUAUGAGGACAUUCACAUGCCAAUGUGAGGAAGGAUUUGAUGAUUUUUCUCCCGAUAUUUUUAAAGCACCAGGAGAAAACUGCAAAGUAUCAUGUAAGUGUGAAAAUAAUGGCACGUGUAGUGAAGGAGAUGGUGUAUCAGCUUGUGUAUGCCCAGAAUGGUAUAUUGGAACAAACUGUGAAAUCAAUGGAAAAGGUCAUAAAUCAAUUUAA